AUGUUGGGCAAUUGUGAAAGUGGCCCCCAUGUUACAGGUUCGGAGUCUGAGAACCUACAGUGUCCUGUUUCCUUGCUGUCUAUCAGAAUUAUAAGAGCCAAGGUCACGUCCAAAGAUACAUUGUCUGCAUCUGAUUGCUACGUGACCUUGUAUCUGCCAACAGCAUCAUACAACAAAUUCAGGACCCAAAUUGUCAAGGACUCUGAUAACCCAGUCUGGGACGAGGUUUUCUACUUUAGAAUCCAAACUGAGAUCAAGAAUAUCUUAAAGUUGGAGGUCUGUGAUGCUGAUCCAGUCACUAAAGAUGACAUGCAAUUUAUUGUUCAUUAUGACCUGGCAAAAAUCCAGCCUGGAGACACGGUCCUGGAAAUAUUCUCCUUAAAACCAGAGAAUGAAGGCUCUUCUUAUCUUUAUGAAUAUCUGGAAGUGGAAUUCAAGUUGGCAGUAAGUCCAGGACCUCCUGAGCAACUUAUUUCCAAUGGUGUGUUGGUGGCCCGUGAGCUCUCCAUCUUGGAUGUAAAGGUGAACAAAGAGGAAAAUGACGAGCUUUUGAAAGCCCAGAAAAAUGUUGUGCUUACCGUGCAAGAGUCCUAUGAAGGAACACAGAAGACAAGCAAAGAUUUUGAUUCCUUCCGCUUUCAUUGCAUAAAGAGCUGGGGGCCAGUAUUAAAAGUUAAGCUUCAGAGGGUUUCAAGUAGGGAAGAGAAUGAUUCAGACUAUCUUUUUGUUCUGCCUUUGAAAAUGCUUCCGGUGGGAGUGCAAGUCAAAGUAGAUCUACUGAUGGACGGUGGGGCUUUGGAGUUGUACCUCCAGGUAAUGGGCUGGCCACAGAAUCUUGAUGUGCGUCUGGGAUAUGAGCUUUGUACUGGUGAGCAGGAUUUCCUGCACAAAAGGAAGAAGGUCGUUGCUGAUGCCUUGAAGAAGCUUUUUCAUCUGAAAGUUGGACUACAAGAGCAUGAGGUCCCAGUGGUAGCUGUCAUGGCAACAGGAGGUGGAGUCAGAGCUAUGACAGCAUUGUAUGGCCAUCUCUUAGCGCUCCAGAAAUUGAACAUUUUGGAUUGUGUUUCAUAUAUCACCACUGCUUCUGGAUCAACAUGGACUUUGACAAACCUGUACCAAAAUAUUGACUGGUCAAAAAGAAAUUUGGAAGAGAUCAUCAAAGUAGCUAAAAGCCAGAUGUUGAAGAGCAAAUUGAAUGUUAUUUCCAUUCAACGACUGAAGUUUUAUCAUAAGGAGCUGGUUGAGAGGGUUGAAAAAGGGCACCUUCCAUCUUUUACAGCUCUCUGGGCCCUUGUUCAAGAAGCCUUCUUACAUGAUAAACCGGAUUAUUGUACACUCUCAGAACAACGCCAGGCUUUGAAUUGGGGCCAGAACCCUUUGCCUUUCUAUACAGCCAUAAAUGUCAAAGAUAACCACAUCAGCACCUUUGACUUCAGAGAAUGGGUAGAGUUCUCUCCUUAUGAAGUGGGGUUCCUGAAAUAUGGAGCCUACAUUCGUGCAGAAGAUUUUGAUAGUGAAUUCUUCAUGGGAAAGCUGGUGAAGAAGAUCCCAGAAUCCCGGUUAUGUUUCCUGGAAGGGAUCUGGACUAACAUUUUCUCUCGGAACCUGCUGGAUGGUUUGUAUUGGUCCUCGUCGCCAGAAGAAUUUUGGGAACGAUGGGUCAAAGACAUGACAGAUAAAAGUGAAGAAAAUAGCAUGUCUGAUGGAUACGUCACUGUCUAUAAGCCUCCAAGCUCUGGGGCUGGAAAACUUUGUGAAGUCUUUAAUGACAUUUUGACUGAUCGUCCUUUAAAAGGAGAAACUCACAACUUCCUGAAAAGCCUUGACUUCGAUAAAGACUAUUUGCAACAGAAAGAAUUUAUUGAAUGGAAAGAUACCAUAUUGGAUGCCUCUCCUAACAAGCUGACGCCAGUGGAGCAGUCCCUCUGCUUAAUGGACAUAGGUUAUUUUAUUAACAACAGUGGCCCACCGCUUCUCAAGCCAGAGAGGAAUGUAGAUGUCAUCAUUUCACUGGAUUAUGAUCUGAGCCAAGUCUUCAAGCAAGCACAGAUGUUGGCCAAAUACUGUGAAGUUCAACGUAUCCCCUUUCCAAAAGUUGAACCAAGUGAGGAAGACAUGAAGAAUCCUAAGGAGUGCUAUGUGUUCUCAGAUGACGAUAACCCCAAAGCACCAAUACUGGUUUAUUUCCCGCUGGUAAAUUCCACCUUCAAGGAGUACAAGGCACCAGGGGUGAAACGAACGCCUUCAGAAAUGGGUGGAGGUGAAGUAGAUGUGAACAAGGACAGCUCACCUUAUACAACUAUACAUGUAACCUAUACUGAGGAAAACUUUGACAAACUACUAAACCUGAGCACCUAUAACAUCCUCUGUAGCAAAGACUUCAUUUUCAAGGCCAUCCAGAGUGCGAUACAGAAGAGACAAAACAUUUGACCAUAAAGUUUGAACACCAGUUCAGCCUAGGAAGUAAUUUUGUCUCCUA